AUGGCGACUGGUAGCGAGCCAAACCCAGUGGAUACAACAGGACUGUGUCUGUUGUCACUGGACGGUGGGGGUGUCCGAGGAUUAUCAACGCUCUACAUACUCAAGAACAUUAUGGAUGAUCUCAACUAUGAGCGCAACGAGCAGGGUCUUAGGCCUGUGAAGCCGUGUGAAGUCUUCGAUCUCAUCGGUGGAACAAGCACAGGAGGUAUCAUAGCAAUCAUGCUAGGGCGACUCGAAAUGACCGUUGAUGAAUGUAUUACGGCAUAUGAGAGGCUCAUCAAAACGGUUUUCAAAGGCAAACGGGCUACACUCCCUAUCAGUCGCACAGGUGCAAUCAAGGCGCGUUUCAGCUCAGACAUUUUGAAAAGCGCAAUUCUGGAGGUCCUUGCUUCCCGCGAUGUUAAAGAGGAGGAUCUACUAAAUGACGGAGACGAUAGUAGAUGCAAAGUAUUCGUAUGCGCUAUGGCCAAGGAGACAACGAAGAUUACCCGGUUACGAAGUUACAAUUUACGCAAGACACCUAAAACCGAUGCAACCAUCUGCCAAGCCGCUCUUGCCACAUCUGCUGCGACAAGCUUUUUCGACCCGGUUUAUAUUGGAGACCGCUGCUUCGUGGAUGGCGGGCUGAACGCAAAUAACCCGGUGAUUGAGGUGGAAGGAGAGGCAUCAAGGAUCUGGUGCCCGCAGACGGGAGACCUGAAAAGCCUUGUGAAAUGCUUUAUUUCCAUUGGAACCGGAAAUCCCGGCAAACGAGAGAUCGAGAGCAAAGGGCUCAAGUUCAUCUACAAAACACUGGUGGCUAUUACGACGGAGACGGAACAAACAGCGAGCGAGAUCUCAGACAGGUGGGUUGGGCAUUUCCGCAGCGAUCGUUACUUCCGCUUCAAUGUGGAACAAGGCCUACAGGAUGUGGGUUUGGAGGAGUAUAAAGAAAAGGCCAAAAUCGAGGCAGCAACGAAUGAGUACGUUGAGUUACAGGAGAGCAGAUUCCGCCUGGAUAAGUGUGUGGAAAAUCUUGUGCAGAAACAAAAUAGCACUGGUCUCAAAUUCAGUGAAACUGUUGAUUACAAGAACUCGCCCCACGAGAGAUUUACGAAUAUUCCUUUCCCUGAGAAUGAAGGAUUUGUCGGUCGUGAAAAAGAGCUUGGUGAACUGAAGAAGCUCCUGUUUCCUUCAAGCCAACAAUCCAAGGUCGCGCCUCAAUCCAAGGUCGCGAUCACCGGGCUCGGAGGCGUCGGGAAAACGCAGAUUGCGAUCAAACUGGCAUACGAAACGCAGUUGGAGCACCCGGGAUGCCAUGUUUUUUGGAUUCCAGUAACGAGCCUCAAGAGCCUCGAACGAGCCUAUUAUGAAAUAGCCAGAGCAUUGGGGAUACCAGGAGUCGAUGAGAAGGAAGAUGAUAUCAAAUUGUUGCUUAAGGAUUACCUUACCAAAAGUGUCGCUGAGUGGUUGCUCAUCUUCGACAAUGCUGAUGAUAUCGACAUGUGGUUUGGCAAGCCAAGCAUGUUGAGUGAUUACCUUCCAUGGAGCAAACGCGGAAGAAUACUUUUCACUACACGUUACAAGAAGAUCGCCCAUAAACUCGCAAAAAAGGUGAUCGGAGUUGCUGAGAUGGACGAGGAGAAAGCAAUGGAGUUGUUUCGUGGCUGCUUGGAUAAAACGACGCUUUGUCAGGAUUACAACGAAACUUUGCUGCUUCUCGAGAAGCUUACGUUUCUCCCUCUGGCAAUUGUUCAGGCUGCUUCCUACAUCAAUGAGAACUCGGUAGCAAGACUUUCUGAUUACCUAUCGCUUUUGGAACGAAGAGAGGAAGAGGUUGUCGACCUUUUUAGCGAGGAAUUCGAGGGCGAUGGUCGAUAUCUUGAUGGAAAAAGCCCGGUGGCAACAACAUGGCUAAUAUCAUUUGAACAAAUUUGCAAAAACCCUCUAGCAGGCGCUUACUUGUCAUUCAUCGCCUGUAUAGAGCCGACAAAUAUCCCGAAGUCCCUUCUGCCACCAGCGCGAUCCCGGAAAGAGGAGAUCGAAGCAAUUGGGAUGCUGAAAGCAUAUUGGUUUGUCAGCGAGGACUCACAAAAGGAGCUGCUGAAUCUCCACCGACUCGUUCACCUUGCUACUCGAAAUUGGCUAAGAAAAGCAGAUUCUACAUCCACUUUGUCCCUAACUUCAUGCACAUCUAUGGCACUUGCAAGGCUACGAGAGGUCUUUCCGUGUGGCGAAUACGAGGAAAGAGAGAAAUGGCGGGCAUACAUGCCUCAUGUCCUAAGCCUGAUCGGAAGAGAUGAAGCCCAAGGCUUUGAUAGGUACGCGCUGCUUGGAAAGCUUGGGGGAUGUCUCUUGGCGGAUGGUCGGCCAAAAGAGGCCGGUGUUUAUAUUGAAAAAGCAUCGGGGUGGAUUUCCGACCAGGAGGCCGUGUCUCAACUAGCCUCUCAGUAUGAACCCACGAUGUCAUAUCGGUCGACAGGACAACUCAAACAGACAAUAGACCUAUUUGAGUACAUUAUCGAACUUACGUACCUUUCCGGAGAUAACUCAUAUCAAGUGAACGAGGAAGUGAAACAAUCAAUGAAGGAACUCGAGCACACUGUCGAAAUUGAAAAAUCACUUCCUCAAGAUGACCCUGAUCGUCUUGCCUUUCAGUAUUUACUUGGGGUAUCUUAUCUGUCGAACGCGCAAAACAAACAAGCAAUACCGCUACUCGAGCACGUCGCCAAAAUCCGAAAGUCACUCCCGGAAGAUCACCCUGAUCGGCUAGCCUCUGAAUAUGCACUCGGGGUAUUAUACCAGAGGAGUGGAAAAAACAAACAGGCAAUAAAGCUCCUCGAGCACGUCGUCAAAACACGAAAGUCUCUUCCCGAGGAUCACCCUCGUCGGCUAGCUUCUGAAUAUGCACUUGCAAUUUCAUAUAAGAUGAAUGGGCAAAUCAAACAGGAAAUAAGCCUACUCGAGCAUGUCGUCGAAAUGAGAAAAUCACUUCGACAGGAUCACCCUCAUCGACUACCGUCAGAGUGGCAACUCUCAAUAGCAUAUAGGAUCAACGGGCAAAUUAAAAAGGCAACAAAGCUGGAGAAACAGGUCACCAAAAUGAGGAAAUCGCUUUCAGAAGAUCACACCUAUCGACUAGCCUCUGAGUAG